UCAGUCUGCAGAAACAAGAAAAAUAGUAUCUUCAGGAAGUCCAGAAGGAAAAUCACAAGCAAAAGCUUAGCAGUGGAGUAGCAGAGCCAGUUUGAAAGGUCCGAUAAAUCCAAAAUGGCGAUAACUCUCAACAACGGUUUCGAGAUGCCGGUGAUCGGACUCGGAGUUUGGCGUAUGGAGAAGCACGAAGUCAGAGACCUCAUAAUCAACUCCAUUAAGAUUGGUUAUCGCCAUUUCGACUGCGCCGCUGAUUACAAAAAUGAAGCUGAAGUAGGCGAGGCACUUGCUGAAGCUUUUAGGAGUGGACUUGUCAAGAGGGAAGAACUUUUCAUUACCACAAAGCUCUGGAAUUCAGACCAUGGACAUGUUCUUGAGGCUUGCAAGGACAGCCUAAAGAAGCUUCAACUACAAUAUUUGGAUCUUUACUUGGUGCAUUUCCCAGUUGCCAUAAAGCAUACAGGGGUCGGCAAUACUAGCAGUGAAUUGGCUGAAGAUGGGGUGCUGGACAUUGAUACAACCAUAUCUUUAGAAACCACCUGGCAUGCCAUGGAAGAUCUGGUUUCUAAAGGUUUAGUUCGCAGCAUUGGAAUCAGCAAUUACGAUAUCUUUUUAACCAGAGAUUGUUUAGCUUACUCAAAAGUGAAGCCUGCUGUAAACCAACUUGAAAUCCACCCUUACUUUCAACGCGAGUCUCUAGUCAAAUUUUGCCAAAAGCAUGGAAUUUGUGUCACAGCUCACACUCCUUUAGGAGGUGCCGCUGCAAACGCUGAAUGGUUUGGUACAGUUUCUUGUCUGGAAGAUCCAGUUCUUGAAGGACUUGCCAAGAAAUAUGGGAAGAGUGCUGCUCAAAUUGCUCUCAGGUGGGGCAUCCAAAGGAACACUGUUGUUAUACCGAAGACGUCGAAACGCGAGAGAUUGGAAGAGAAUCUCCAAGUUUUUUAUUUUAAGCUUACAAAAGAGGACAUGGAUUUGAUCAACGGAAUUGACAGGAAAUACCGAACAAACCAGCCCGCCAAGUUCUGGGGCAUAGAUUUGUAUGCAUAGGUAAUGAUGUCCUGAGGCCAAAUUUGUGAACUGUUUCUUCUGCGUUGAAGUCUCUAAAACUUCCAUUGCUUUGUUAAUUCCAUCACAAGAUAAUGAAUCAUGUAGCAGAUUCCAUUUGAACUACUGCUUUUCAAGAUCAAGCUAAAGAAAGCUCUUUCUUUUUCCUUAAA